AUGUCUCUAGCCCGAGCCGCUCUUCUCUUAACCCAUGGAUAUUUCCACCACCGAGCAUAUAUAUCGCCGAAUCCCAGUCCACCCACCGAGGAGUGCGUCAAUGAGAAAGAGACGGCAGCGUUCUUUAAUAUGAUCAAUAAGCGAAUGGCUUUCUUCAGGCUAUCAAUUAGCCUCAUCUGCGUGCUCGAGGCGCUCGUGGUCGCUGCGUUCAACUUCCCCAGUCUCCCCUUCUCCCAUAUCCCAACCACCAUAUUUCUCAUCGGGGUAUUCCUCGCCCUACAAGGUGACCUUCUACGCCUCUGGUGCUUCCGCGAGCUUGGCAAGCAUUUCACCUUCGUCCUCACGAUCCAGAAGGACCACAAAUUAAUGACAUCCGGGCCGUACGCAUACCUCCGCCACCCAUCGUACCUCGGCAUCAUUUUUGGCUUCGUCGGGGAGGUUCUGUGCCACUUGACGCGGGGGUCGUGGUUCAUGGAGUGUGCAGGCAAGGGGAUGACUCUGAGCAACCUAGUGCUGUUGGCGUUGAAGUGUCUCCUUUGCGUGAGGAUCUUGAGUAUGGCGGCAACAUGUGUUAUGGCGCUUAUACGGGCAGAAGAGGAGGAUCGGGUCUUGAAACAGAUCUUCGGGAAGGAGUGGGAUGAAUGGGCAAAUAGGGUGCGGUAUAGGUCGAUCCCCUGGAUUUACUGA